AGUUGUUAAAGCUACAGUCAGUCCACAUCAAGAUGAUCAGAAUCUGCCUUCUUUGCGGACUUCUCUCUCAAGUGUACAUGAUUCAGACUGAAGACACUCCUCAACCAAUACCCGUGACUACUCGUCUAUUUGGAGACACUAUAUCUUUGCCAUGUCCUAAAGUGGAUUCUCAACAAUUCCUGUACUGGUACAGACAAACUGUUGGCCAAUUGCCCCAUCUUGUUGCAUCUGUAAACUAUGCAUCAGGACCUGUACUUAAAGGAGAGUUUAAGAACCCACGUUUCCAUGUGGAGGAAUCUGAAUAUGUGUACAAUCUCAAAAUCAGAAAUAUCAGCACAUUAGAUGAGGCAACAUACUUUUGUGGAAUGGGGACAAUGUUUGGGAUGAAGUAUGGAAAUGCAACAUUUUUGGCUGUGAAGGGACACAAUCAACUUACAUUGCUGCAGCAACCAGUUUCUGAUCUAGUCCAUCCAGGAGACUCUGUGACUCUACAGUGUACAGUACUCUCUGAGACCUGUACAGGAGAACACAGUGUGUACUGGUUCAGAGCCGGAUCAGGAGAAUCCCAUCCAGGAGUCAUUUACACCCCUGGGAACAGGAGAGAUGAGUGUGAAAAGAGCCCUGAGACUCCCGCUCCUACACAGAGCUGUGUCUACAACCUCUCCAAGAACAACCUCAGUCUCACUGAUGCUGGGACUUACUACUGUGCUGUGGCCACAUGUGGGAAGAUCCUGUUUGGCAACGGAACAAACCUAAAUAUUGGAAAAUCGCUGGAUCAUGUAGUCAUUGGACUGGGAGUGACAUCAGUUUUCUGUGUGAUUGUGAUCAUUAUCCUUGUCUUCACCAGAAAUACAAAGCCAAUUUGUGAACAUUGUAAAGUGCGUGUUGCUCAGAAUAUUGGACAUGACAAUUCAACCACUGAAUGUGAUCAGGAACAAGACCCAAAUACCCUGAAUUAUGCUGCAUUGCAUUUCUCUGAGAGGAAAACUAAAAGAGGAAGAAAGAAGAGAGAGACACCACAGGAGAGUGUGUACUCUGAUGUCAGGUGUUCAGACUGUGACUGAACUUUGUUCAUGUGCAGAGGAAUGGGUGUAGUUAGGCAGUAAACGUUUCCUAAUAUAUAAUGUAUUUAAACAGUCAUGAUAUUUUAGCCUCACUGAUACAGUGAAAUGUUGUAUCAUGUGAGACAGUGGCGGAAUUUUCCCUAUACCCAUCAUGACGUUGCUACAACCUAGUGUACGAAUGAAAGUUUCAGAUUUUUUUUUACCGAAUUGGCGGAAUGAAUACACCCCUGAUCACACGCAGAACUCACUUUCAUAGCCACAUACAAACAGCUCGCUGUAUUCCUUUUCGCAUCUAUGCGCUCUCCUCCUCUCACCUUUUCCCUUCGCUUAUGUACUUCAUAGCACAACACAUCAGCUGUCUGUGACCAGGGGAAAAAACCUUUCAAGCCAAACUUUCAUAUCAUAACCUCUACACACAGCCUACAUUGUUGUCACCAUAUUAGCCAAAGUAACGUCAUAGUCAACAUAGCUAAUAGAAUUAACGCGUUAGUUAACCCGCUUGCGAUUAUGCAGUACAAGUCAGUAAGCAGUUUAUUACCUACACCAGCGGGCCCUGUUGGCAAAAAUUUGUAAAACCAAAAGCUUACCUCGACUUGAAAGAGUUACAGUUUUGGGUAGUUAUAGCCAGCUAGCUAACAUAGCAUCCCUUUGUUUGAGCCGGGUGUUUGUGUUGGCUAAACUAGCUAACUGCAUUUGCUAGCUAAGUAUGUUUUUUUAAAAGGAAUUAGUUUGUUCAAAACUGUUCAACUAUUGUCUUUCUCUUUGAGUCAACUACUCACCACAUUUUAUGCACUGCAGUGGUAGCUAGAUGUAGUUUAUGCUUUCAGUACUAGAUUCAUUCUCUGAUCCUUUGAUUGAGUGGACAACGUUUCAGUUAAUGCUAUAAGUGCUCUGAUGAGUUUGAGGAUGUCCUCCGGAAGUUGUUAUAAUUACUGUGUACGUCUAUGGAAGGCAGUGAGAAACAUGAGGAUGGAAGCUAGCUGUCCUCCAGCUACACCAUGGUGCCUACCCUAGAGAGUGCUGAUGAGGCUACUGUAGACCUUCAUUGCAAAACAGUGUGUUUUAAUCAAUUAUUUGGUGACUUGAAUAUAUUUUGUGUAGUUUUAUCUAAAAGGAUAACUUCUUAAAUGUUUCACAAUUUUAUUUUUAUGAAAUUCACUUAGGAGGAUGGUCCUCCCCUUCCUCCUCUGAGGAGACUCCACUGAUGUAAGAAGCUCAUUCUUCUAGGAGCGUUCUGUCAGAGCAACACUGUUAUGGAAUGGCUUGUCCUGUCAGGUAGAGGGCCAGAAACCAUUGAGGUCUUUAAAUCACUCCUGGCCUUUAAUCUGCGAUUGUACUGUUAUUUUAGACUUCCUUAGUGAUUCUAUGUUCUCCUCUUCUACUAUAUCUCAGCACAUUGUUUAGACAUACUGUUUAACUGUGAGCCAACUCAAUGGCCUUGUGCUUAGUGUCCACUGUGAGAUUAGAAGGUUGAGGGUUUGAUUCCCGGUCAAGUCAUAUCAAUUACUCUAAAAAUGGGACCGGAUGCCUCUCUGCUUGGCACUCAGCAUAAAGGAGAUGGAUUGGGAUAAGUGUCCUGUCCAGGAGGUGUACUUGUACAUCAAGCUGCCUUCCGCUAUAGAGUCAGGACAUAGUCUCCUGCCCCUAUGAGCCGUUCUGGCUCAGACAAGGAUUACUUACUUACCUAUUGUUCUACUGUAAAGUGUGUUGCAAUAAUAUACUUCAAAGAACAUUUGACUGGAUCAGCCCUCAUUUGAAGUCUUUUUUCUCUGUUUGCAAUAAUGUAUAAUUGUAUUAUGGUUCUAUUUUAAUUGUUUGAAUCAUUUUUGCUAAAUGUGUUAUUGUUGUGGUAUUUACUGUAACCCAUGAAACAAACAAUAAGAUAGAAUAACUUCUUAAACAUUGUAUAUAAUGUAGGUUAAUUACAUUAUACAGUUUUCCUGGCGUCCAUCAGCAUACUAUAUUUAUAGCUAUAAUGUACCAGCAUUUACCUGUAGGGCUAUGUCGAAUCAUCAAACCACUUUAUCAUUAAACGUUUUCUGAUUCAUCACAUUAUUGAAAAUGGAGCUUUUAAUAAUGGUACAAAGGGGGAUUUACACAACUGUCAUCAAAGUUCAACUCUUUGAAAUUGACUACUAA